AUGUUUGGUAAGUUGAAGGCCCUCUUCAGUGGCCCACCGCUGCCAGCAGCUUCGGGGACCACUGGAGCGGCCCCUGAACCAGCUCCAACUCCAGCUCCAGCUCCAGCCAAGGAGGAGAAGCCAGCCGAUAAGGAGAAUGAAGCCAAGACAGCGGACAAACCGCAGGCCAACCCUGAUCAAGUUGGACCUGAGGGACAAGAGGAGGCCCCUCCUCCACCUCCACCCAUCGUCAUCAACAAGUAUUCAGAUGAGCAGCUCAGAUUGAUCAUCAAACGGAUGAGAGACAGACUGCAGCUCUACAAGGAGAAAGUUGCUGAUCAGUAUGCUUCAUCCCCAGAGAUCAGUCCUCCUGUCACACCUCUGCUAGGCAAAGAUGUGUACACAAAAGUCAUAGAGGACAGGAAAAGGCAGGCUGAAGAGGAUCGGAUAAAGAAAGAGGAGGCUGAUAAGAAGAAGAAAGAGGAGCAGGAGCAGAAGAAAAAGGAGGCUGAGCAGAAGAAGAAAGAGGAGGAGGAGAAAAAGAAAGCAGAGGCUAAAGAUGAGAAAAAGGAGGAGAAGAGCAUGGAGACCAGGCUGAAAGAAGCCACCUGGUAUGCGGUGGAUGUUGUGCUGAAGCCAAUUGAGGACCUGAUGGAUGGCGUGCUAGGGAAGACCAUCGACCCUUUUACAGACCGUCGCUACAUCGCCUGGCUGAGCAUUGUGACUCUGGCCUUCAACUACAACACCUGGUUCAUCACGGCCCGCCUGUGUUUCCCGUACCACACCGAGAGCGCCAUCCCUUACUGGUUCGCCAUAGACAUGCUGGUCGACCUCAUCUACCUCACAGACUCCAUCCUCUUCCAGCCUCGCAAGCAGUUUGUCAAAGGAGGAGACAUCAUAAAAGACAGAGAGAUGACAAAGAAGAACUACAGAAACUCAGAGAGAUCCACGUUGGACAUUUUGUCCCUCCUGCCAUUCGACUUGCUGUACUUCCAGUUUGGAUUCAGAUCUAUUUUCAGAGCCAAUCGUCUGCUGAAGGCAGACACAUUUUUUGAGUUCAGCGAUCGUCUAGAGAGCCUCAUGGCCAAGGCUUACAUCUGGAGAGUGAUUCGGACCAUCGGCUAUCUUCUAUUCAUGCUCCACCUCAACGCGUGCUGCUACUACGUGGCUUCAGCCUACCAAGGCAUCGGGGGAACUAAAUGGGUGUACUCUGGUCUUGGCAGCCCUUACCUCAGCUGCUUCUUCUAUGCGGAGAAGUCCCUGCUGAUGAUCGCUGAGUUGCCGUUUCCAGACACCAUGUUCGGACAGAUCUUUCAGAUGACAAACUACCUUUUUGGGGCUUUCUUUAUGUCCAUCAUUCUUGGCCAGAUGAGGGAUGUCAUCGGCGCAGCCACAGCAGGUAAGACCUACUUUCGUUCCUCCAUGGACAGCACCGUGGAGUACAUGGUGAACAACUGCAUCCCCCCUACGGUGCAGAACCGAGUCCGUACCUGGUACACCUACACCUGGGACGCUCAGGGCAUGCUGGAUGAGUCCGAGCUGCUGGAUAAGAUGCCUCUGGUGAUGAGAACCGCCAUCGCUGUGGACAUCAACCUGAGCACCUUUCAGAAGAUCGCACUGUUCCAGGUGAUUCAUCUGUUGCAGUCAUCCAAAGAUGGAGGGAACAGGCGGACAGCUAAUGUCAAAGCCUAUGGCUUUGCUAACCUCUUCGUCCUGGAGAAGAAAGACCUGUUUGACAUCCUGGUCCACUACCCAGAGUCUCAGAAAGUUUUGGCCAGGAAGGGCAAGAAACUAAUGAAGGCGAAGGGUCCAGCAGCAGCUAAAGUAGAAGAGGAGAAGAAGAAAGGACUCGCACUGUUUGGCCCCAAACCGCCCACACCCAAAAUGCUGCGUGCCUUCGGUGGAAACUUGAACAAAACAAUUAUUGACAAAAUUAAGACGCUAGCUGACUUUGGACAACAAGGAGAUUUCAACACAGAUAUUAAUGACAUGUGUUGA